AUGUCUUCAUCAGUUUGCUUUAUUGGGAACUAUGACGUGAACGCACAAGGGAAAUAUCUUUGGGAGAUUCUGUGUCAACUUAAAAGGUUCGGAGUUGGACGCGUUGUCACAAAAAAUGAGUGGGCUCGAAAGUGGCCUACCCAACCAUCGUAUAUAAAGAUAGUUCGGACACAACCUUCAAUGGAUAGGUGGUUGUUUGGAGGGAAAGUUUGGGGGGAGUGGACCUUUCGAGGGCGAACUCUUGGAGUCUAUGAUUUCGCGGCCGAUCUUAGUCGUUCUGAUUGGCGUCUUAUUCAUAAACAUGAAGAGGAAAAGUUCAUGGAGUGCAAUCAACCAAUGACUGAUAUUACGUUGCCGGACUCGUUUCCAAUCCCGCCACUACAGAAUCUGUUCACUAAGAAAACAUGUGAAAAAACCGGGACUAAGUUUGGAGACGAGCACACGAGAGCGGCACUCAAACUUUGCAUUGAUCCUGAAUUCAGCAUGUUGGUCCCUUUUAUUAAGCAGGCGGAACCAAAUAGGAAAAGCACGUCUAUUUAUGAUGAAGUUGAUCCCGAAAUUUUGCUCGGUUUAUACGGAAAUGAACUACCUGUGAAGGUGGAGGCCUGGAAUGUCGGUCCAGCGGGUUUCACGCCACGUUUCUCAGCAAGUGGAACGAAGGUACAAGAGCAAAGGAAUGCUUAA